UGACUCACUGGACGCAGCCCGGGCCGCGCGCGCGCACGGAGUACAGCGGCGGGGCGCGCGCGCGCUGGCUCCUCCCCCUGGCCGGGGCUGCGGGGCGGGCUCCAGUCAGCAGCUCGGCGGCGGCAGGGUGAGUUGCGAUCGGACGCUGCGCAGCUCGGAGCAGGCAGCACCAUGGUGAAGAUCGCCUUCAGUUCUCCCUUCGCCCAGAAGGACGAGCCCAAGAAGGAUGCAGCUGAGGCACUGGUGGCUGACAAGGAUCCAGAAAUUGCAACACAUGGAAAUGAAAAUUCAUCUGGAAGAUGUUUAUUGACCCUUUUGGGUCUUGCAUUCAUCUUAGCAGGGGUUGUGGUUGGUGGAGCCUGCAUCUACAAGUACUUCAUGCCUAAGCAUAAGGUGUACCGUGGGGAAAUGUGUUACUUUGAAAAUGAAAAUCAGGAUCGUGCUCUAGAACCGUACUUCCUGCCCAUUGCAGAAGAAGCUGAUAUUCGGGAAGAUGAUAACAUAGCAAUCAUUGAUGUUCCAGUUCCGAAGUUCUCGGAUAGUGACCCAGCAGCUAUUGUUCAUGAUUUUGACAGGCUUCUGACUGCUUACCUUGACUUACAACUGGGUAACUGCUAUGUGAUCCCUCUGAACACAUCCAUUGUUAUGCCACCAAGGAAUCUGAUGGACCUGUUCGCAAAACUGGCGACUGGUUCUUACUUGCCUCAGACUUACCUAGUUCGUGAAGAAAUGGUGGUAACAGAAGAGAUAGAUAAUGUAUCUGAUUUGGGCAUCUUCAUUUACCAGCUUUGUGUAGGAAAAGAGACCUUCAGACUGCAGCGCAGAGAUCAGAGAGCAGGUCUCCAGAAGCGCUCAGCUGAGAACUGUCAUACAAUCAGACACUUCGAAAAUUCUUUUGUGGUUGAAACGAAGAUCUGUCAACAGUGAAAGACACUGGAUGGAAAGUGACUAUUUCACAUCUUCAUUAAAAAGUCUGAGCUUUACAGUUUGACUUCUAAAUUAAAAUGUGCAGUGAUAAUCAAAAGCCUUAUUAUGCAUCUCCUGUGUAUUGCUUGUGUUACAAAACACACAAUCACCAUUUCAGCUUUCUUUUGGUCCUUGGUAUAACAGACUAUUUUUAGUUGUCUUACGUAAAACUGAAGUUUGAGACCUUUAGAAGAAAUGUGUUAUCAACUUAUCCAUUGAAUGUGUCUGACUUAGAAUUUUUCUGGGAAAGGCAGAAAAAAAAUAUAUAUAAUGUUAAUUGAUUCCUUGGUCGGAAUUACUCCUGGGGGAAUUCUAUACCACUGUGCAUGCACAGAAUUUAUGUCCCUGUAGAUUUGUUUGUUUCCCCGCAGAAAAAUGGCUUUCUGACGGGGAAGCAAAAGGAAGCCACAAAAGUGGUCAUGCGACCCUCCCCAGCACUACAUUUUGGGUGCCCAAGACAGCCAGCAGAGAGGUAAAUCACUGUGAGGCAGGACUGGGGAAGACACAGCUGAUGGUUCCUACCCUGCACCAGGCUCAGCAGCUAGUCCUGGCUGGGCUGGGGAGGAUUGGACUUCCUCUUCCCUUGGGGCUGGGUCAGAUCCACACCCAGAUUUCUUCCCUGGCUGUAGGAAGCUAAACAAACUCUUCCUCCCUCCUUCCCUCCCCCCUCUCUUCCUGCACCCAUCGCUCCUCAGCUGCAGGGAUCACUGUAUAGGGAGUUGCUGCCCCAUCCAUCCACCCCUGUGCAUUCAGGGCCCCUCACUCCCAGACCAUCCUGCCAAGCCUCACCCUCUUCCCCCUCCCCACCCUACCAAGCCCCAACCAGCUGCACCUGGCUUGCAAACCCCCUAAGCUCCCUCCCCCAGCAUCUGACCCCCACACACACCCAGACCCCCUGCUGAGCUCUAUCUCCUCACACUAGGACCCCCUCUGCUGAGCCCCAACCACCUUCAGCUGGACUGCCCAGCAGAGUCCAUUACUGUUGCACCCAGAACCCCCCAACAAGUCACUGCAUCCAGAUCCCUCUGCACUUGGAUCCCCCACUGAGCCACCUGCACUCAGAUUGCCCCACUCUGAACCCACAUUGGAUUCCAUCCACGCUUGGAUCCUACCUUUGCUGAGCCUGCCUGCCCGCACCUGGUGCAUGGAGGGGCAGGUCUCUGGGGUGUUUCUCGAGCAGGCCCACUCCUGGCGCUGUCAGGGUUGGGUGCAGCCUCAUUACUGAGUCUGUGUCCCAGGAGGGAGCUGCACAGUGAGCUCUCACCUCUGUGCAGCCAGUGCCCUGUGCUUCCCGAUGCCAUGCUCCACAUUUAUUUGACAAAACUUGCAGAAUUUUAAAUUGUUCAUUUUUUUUUUUUUUUUUAAUUUUUUGGCCCAGAAUGCCCUCAAGAGUAGCCGGAAUCAAUUCUUAUACACCUUUUGAUUUUUCACAGAAUGACUAAAUUUAAUGCAUUCAUAAUCUGUGGUUUGCACAUUUAAUGUAGUUCUGUAGAAUUGCUCUGCACUCAGUUUUCUGGUUUAAAAAAAAAAAAGACAAAAAAAAACCUUUCAACAUUUAUCGUUAAAGGUUUUGUUUUAACUUCCAGGUGUGAAGCAUGUAAAAUCUAACCUCAGUGAUUAUAAACCUCUAACAUUGCUUUUUUCAUUUUGUGCAAUUACUGUAUUGAACUUUGUAUGUAUAUUUGGAACCUUCCCUAAGUUUACAUUUAAAUUCUUUAUACUUUUGUUUGAUUUUUUUGUGGUAUUUAGUUGUCAUAGAUUUAGUUGCUGUUAAUCUCUAAAGUUUGUGUCAGUAUUUUGGUUAUAAAUUGGUUUAUCUUGUAACUGCUUGUUUCAUUAAACCUCUCUUGAUAUGGCCCACUUGUGGAUGUGACUGUAGCUGUAAAUUUAACAACUUUGGCCUGUACAACAAACUUUUUAGAUCAGAACUUUUUAUGAGCAAGUAGCAUUAUUACUGCAGUCAGAGUAUUGUUCCUUGUUGAGAACUGCAGUAUAAAGAUGGCAAAGAGUUGCUAGAGUGCUGCAGAUUCAAAACUUGAGUCUGUUUUAAUAAGGGACUUUAUAUUGGCAUUAUUCCUGCAACCUUAUAAUAAAUGUUUCUCUAGAA